CACACAAAUCAAACAAUGGAUAAACCCUCACCACCAAAACAAGUCGAAUUUGUUGAAAUGGAAGCCUCAAAAGCACUCCUAAUCCUAGCCCUAGUCAUGGUAAGCGCAGCAGCCGUAGCCGCGGCGAGGGCGAGGGCGGACGACGACGGCAGCAUCUGCGGUGUCACCAGGAGCGAGCUGAUGGAGUGCAAGCCGGCGGUGGCGACGGGCACGGCCACGCCGCCGAAGCCGACGGCCGCGUGCUGCGGGUCGCUGAAGCACGCGAACCUCACGUGCUUCUGCAGCUUCAAGAACAACGCGUAUCUGCCGCUCUUCGGAAUCAACGCGACGAGAGCGAUGCAGCUGCCUACCACGUGCGAUGCCACGCAAACUGCUUCCUGCGCCUGAUUUGCCGGAUUGUUUAACUCUUCAGCCAUCGCUGCUGCUACUACUACUACUACUACUAGCUUUGCUUCGUUUCAUCUAUGUUUUGUGUUGUGUUUGAUUUUUAUGGUGUUUGAAUUCCUUUUUAUUUUUGGUAUGUAGUGUUGUUGGCUGCCUUGUUUGUAACUUUAACUUAUGUAACAUCUUUCAUGAACGAUAUUAGUGGAUUGUGGGAACAAACUUUGGUUGGA